AUGGCCAUUCUUUGUGACCAAGGCCAGUUUGUCCGCCUGGACACGAGCGAUGCUUCGACCACACCGGAAAAGGCCAUCGCAUGUAUUCAACGUGAUGGAGGAGUGAUCAUCCAGAAUCUCAUCUCGCGCGAGUUGGCCAAACAAAUCCAAGUCGAUCUGAAGCCUCACUUUGAUAAAGACAUUCCUGAUAAGUAUGGGUUUUUUCCUGAGACGACGCAGCGGGCAUCGGGCCUGUUAGGUAUCUCCGAUGCCUGCGUGGAGCUUGCAUGCAAUCCUUUCUAUAUCAAUGUGGCCAAUGCACUGGUUUCCUCCACCUUUACUUUCUGGAGGGAGGACCACCAAGUGACCGUGAGUGGGAAGCCGAUUAUCUCGUCAACCGUUGGCUUUCGGGUCAACCCAGGUGGUAAGCAGCAGGUGCUGCAUCGAGACGACAAUGACUAUCAUCCAGCCAACGGGGAAAUGCCAGUAAUGAUAGGCUGCGUGACCGCGUUGACCAAGACCACGAAAGAGAACGGCGCCACAAUCGCAAUUCCUGGCUCUCAUCUAUGGGGCCCGGACCGACGUCCGCUGAACGAGGAAGCAAUUCCAGCGGAACUUGAACCGGGAGAUGCUUUUAUCUUUCUCGGCAAUCUUUAUCACGCCGGUGGAUCCAAUAUCACUCGGGAUGAGUACCGCGAGACGGUUGGGAUUUUUUUGUGCAAGCCCACCUUACGACCAGCUGAAAACCAGUUUCUGAUGGUUCCACUCGAGCGAGCCCGCCAGCUUAAGCCGCAAGCCCAGCGGCUGCUUGGUUACGGAGUCUGCGAACCCGGCGUUGGAUUCAUGAAUUAUCAAGAUCCGAUGCGGGUGCUGUUUGGCGUGGAAGAUGAAGAGACCGUGAACAUGUGA